AUGUCUGGAAGAGGGAAGGGAGGCAAAGGCUUGGGAAAAGGCGGAGCGAAGCGGCACCGCAAAGUGCUCCGUGAUAACAUCCAGGGCAUCACGAAACCAGCCAUCCGGCGCCUGGCUCGCCGUGGCGGGGUCAAGCGCAUCUCGGGCUUGAUCUACGAGGAGACUCGCGGGGUGCUGAAGGUUUUCCUGGAGAAUGUGAUCAGGGAUGCGGUGACCUACACUGAGCACGCCAAGCGCAAGACGGUGACUGCCAUGGAUGUGGUGUACGCUCUGAAACGCCAGGGCCGCACUCUGUAUGGAUUCGGCGGCUGAGCAAAUCGUCCCUUUUCCAGCGAACCCAAAGGCUCUUUUCAGAGCCACCCAAACUCUCCGAUUGAGGGCGGAUACCUGAGGAUGGGGAAGGCAGUACAUAUGGAGGGGACAGUGUACUGCAGCUGGUUAUUUCACAUUUUUCGCGACUUUUAAUUUGGCUCAUUCCAUUACACAAAUGCAGUAAUUUCGUGUCCAGUGUCAAAAGAGAGAGAUCAAGCAGUGAGAACGGAGACCUGAGCACAGGAAAGGCAACACAUAGAGAGUGUGUACUGUGCCGCAGCUGGUUACUUCAUAUCUAGAUUUGUAAUUCCGCCCUGAUGUUAAAUGUUACAUAGUGCAGUUUUUUUUUCUGUUUCAUUCCUUCCAGGAAUGAUAUUCAGUUCAGUUUUCUUUCAGGGAAGCCUCCAAAGGUUUUAAUAACCUGUUGUUACACUCUGCCUGUUGCAGUU